AUGACCGCCACACUCGAACGAAGCCUCUCUCGCACCUCUAGCAUCUCCAUGCCUCUCUCACCCAUGAUCUCCCUUCGGCAUGAAGCCUCCACCCCUCUCUCCGAAUCCUCGCUCUCCCACAUCCACGACCGCCUUACCCUGAUCGACUCUCGCUUGCUCGAACUCCGCUCCACCGUGUUAACGAAGGAUGGUUAUGUUGACCGCCGGAACCGUGAGGAUGAACAUGUUCGUCGGGAGUUUGAAGCCCACCGCUCUAUCAGUAACAGGAUCGACCUGAACGUCGUUGGCCUGAGAACCGACGUUGAUCAGUUGAAGUCGGGGAUCCUGCAGUUGAAAUCGAGUCUGGGACAAGCCGCCAACGAGACAGUGUUCCUUCGCAGUGACGUCGACCGCCUUUCCAAGAACGUUGACCAAAUCCAAGCGGAGCUCGAGCAUCUGCAGACCGAUGUUUGUGGUUGCAGGGUCGAAAUCAGCAAGCUGCACUCGACCAUCAGUCAGCUACGCACCGAUCUCAUCACGCUCCAGCACGAAACUUCCCGUCAUCUCAACAAGGUUUUCGAACGGUUUUCUCUGAUUGAAUCCCGCAUGAAGCAUUCAGAACGGGUUCGCUUCAACUCGCUCGCUCACACCACUCACGCACCUAUCACCUCUGUUCCCAUGGUCGAAGAGGACGGAACCCUGCGCUGGCCGGAAUACUUCCCUAAAACAGUUUGGAGAUUCUGGUGUUUGAAAAAACGCAUCAACCGCCUCCAACAGCUGGCCGACUUCUACGAACUCGGUGGCUACCAAUACUGGGGCCGCAUGCACCAUGAUGGCAUGUUCGCGUCCGAUAGCGACUCCAGCGACUCAAGUGACUACCCAUCCAAUCUCUCCCGCGCAGAAGCUGUACGUCUUUACCCAGAAGCCGCACACCAAGCGCUCGCCGCUACGCUGGGUCUUGUCUACUACAAAAUCCGCAAUGAAGUCGGAGAUAAUCCUCUUUCCCCUGUACAGAGGCCCCCAAAGCGUCAACAGGAGGAUGUUGCUUCCGUGUCCUCGAGCUCAAAGCAAAAGCCCGUGAAGAUGGCUCGUCGACCCAACCAGCUGUCGCCCACUGCCCUGCAUAGGCUCAUCACUGGCGGUCCUUCAAUUGAUUCGAAGUCUCUCACCUCUGAGGAGUCUGAUAAGCUUGGUUGGAACGCGCAUUCUGAGAUUUCAGAUGAUGCCAUGAGCAAGCUGCAAGGCAUUGUUUCUGAGCUCGGCCCGCUGCUUCGAGCUGUCGAGAGCGGCCGGCUCAAGUUGAAGCCAAGCAGAUCUGAGCGUAUGGAGAUGAGUCCUACCAACUCGCACUCAGAGAGGGUUCCUGUUCAGGGACCUCACGGCGAACGAGAGGAGGCCCCUACGUUUCAAAGCACCGUCCCCACCGAAAUCAUCUCUCUCUCUCGGAAGCCAACAGAGAAGGAAGAGCCUACCUUUCCUGAUACUGCUUCUAGUACUACUAGUGCGUCGACGUGA